AUGGCUGACUCGACGGCUGUCGCCUUGCAGCUCGUGGCGGCGAUGACUGCUGUUCGACGCCCCGGCAUUGUGCCGGUCGUUGGCCUGUUGACGGCGGACCAGGUGGCGGACCUCAAUGACAUCACGACGGUCGCCAACCAGGUCCUGGAGGGUGCGGCGGAGGCAGCGGCGUCAGCAGAGGUGGUGCAGAACUUUGCCGCGAUGGUGGCUGGAGGCGUCGGCGGUGGAUCGACGAUGCCAUCUGGGGCCCAAACGCCAGCAUCGACGGUGGGGGUGGCCCCUCCUGAUUUGGCCAUCAGCUCGACGCCCACGACGCCGAGGAAGGCACCCCCACCAGUGCCCAAGGAGGCGGAGGCGGCGAUCCCUGCACGGCGUCCUGUGAUGAAGGCGCCCCCCCCAGGUUCCCGCCACGACUUGGCGAGUGACGCCCUUGGAUCAAUUGCCGCGGAAGGCGGCGCCUACAUCGACGACUACCUCGGGGACUUCGACGCCAGCGCAGGAGAUCCGGGCGGCGCUCAAUGUCCAGACCGAGGCGAUGGCAGCGGCGGCUCCUUCGACGGCUUCCACAACCCGCCGGCGGCAGACCACCAGCACAUUGACCCGGACCUUGGGAUCCCGGCGGUCACGACGGUGGUUGCCGACACCUUCCUGGACACGCCUUUGGUGUCCAUGGAACGACGGGGGGCCUCGGCGCUCGGCGAAGUCGUUCCCAGUUCUCUCCGCCAUUUGGCCUGCGACGACCUUGCGGCGGUCCGCCAAAAGGAGCAGGCGGGGCAGUGGCCCGAGACGGCGCCGAGGGGGGCACAGACCGAGACCGACUACUACUUCAUUGGCGGUUGCCCCAAGGAGUUGCCGGCGCUCGGAUUACAGUGCAGCACUCCAAAGAACAGCGGCGCUUGGUGGGAUGGUGCGCCCACCCAUGCCAGCAGCCCCGCGGCGCCGACAACCAUUGCGACGGGGAAGGCAGGGCCUGGUCGGCGGAGGUCGGCGCUAAGCCUCGCACCUCCCGACGAAGCGGAGAGGCAGUUAUCUCGACGCUCUUCGGCGCCAGAAAAGAAGGGAGAGAUCGAUGCUGAGUGCUUUGCCCUGUCCGGUUACGACGACGCGACCACUGCAGACAUGGCUCAAGACGCGUCGGCGCCACAGCCGGGCACCUUCGCAGCCUUCCUGGCCGAGGUCGCCGCGGCCGGCGGCCAGGCGCACAUGCAGGCCUUCGCCGAGCUCGGCGUUACAUCCAGAGAUCUCGUGCGACCGGCCGGCCCGGCAUUGGCGGCGGCGGGGGUCCCGGAGCAGGUCAUCUUGAACUUGGUGCGACCGGCAGCGUCCCGCCAGGCGGCGGCCCCGCAGAACAUUCAGCAGGCGGUCGACGCGCUCGAGGCCAAUGUGGUGGCGGCGUCCACCAGGCGAGCCCUGGACUCGAGGAUCAAGUUCUGGCUCAAGCUCGCGGCGACCAACGGCGUCGAGCCGUGGCCGCUGACGCACUGGAAGCUCAAGGUGUUGGCGGCGUGGCUCCGGGAAGGGGGCUACCGCUCCGCUCAGCUCUACAUCGACGCGGUGAUGCGGCACCAGGAGCAUGUGCUGCAGACCGAGGUGGCGGCGGGCAUGCGGAAGGAGGCCCGGCGCCUUGCCAAGGCGGCGGUGCGGGGCAUGCCCGGGACCAGGCUCAAGCAGGCCUUUGACCUCGGCGUGCUGGCGGCGCUGGUCAGGUUCGGGCCGGCGACGAAGUCGCCGUGUUUGACGGGGUCGGUGGCCGACGUGAUUGAGAAGGUCGACCCCUGGGGCCGCUGCCUCGUCCUCUUCUCGGCGGCACCGCCGUGCCAAGACUUCUCCCGAGUCACCGACGGGCCAGGCCACAACGGCGCCCGCGGCGGGUUGUUCCUUCAGACGGUGGAGUUCAUGUCCGAGGUCCGGCGGCUGGUAGCACCGCGGCGUUUCGGCUUCAUCUUCGAGAACGUCGAGAUGGCGACGGCCGACGCCAAGCAGAUCACGGAGGCGCUGGGUUCGGCGCCGGUGUGGGUGACUUCGGCUGGGUCGGGCGGCCACGCCAGUGGGGAAGCACGGCGGCCGGUGGAGGCACUGGAUUUGGGGGACCUCACCUUCAACGACUCCGUCUUGUCGGGCCGGCGGGGCAAGAUCCCGUCCGACGCACAGCACCGGUGGUCGGCGGAUCGACGCCAGUUCGCCCCAUGGCACUACGUGAAGGAGGCGAUGGUGGUGAGCUCCGACGGGAAGCUGCAGAUCCCGCCUCCACGGCUCAAGGAGCAGCUGCACCACAUGCCCGCGGACUACACCUGGGGGGCAGACGACGCACCGCUCGAUGACCGCACCCGCCACCGACUCAUUGGAAACGGGUGGCAUUGGGGAGUGGCGCGGCGCCUCCUACUGAUACUGCUGGUGGCCACGGCGUUCCAGACCUCGGACGCCAGACCACAGGGCGAACCACCCCCAUCGACGAUCACCUGGGUCACCUCUUUGUGGCAGUUCGGCGGCCCGGUCAUGGGACCGGCGCCGGGGGAGGAUACACUGGACCCUCUGGUGGACCUCGACGAGGAAGCUCACUGGGCAGCCUCGGCGGUCAUACCGCACCCAUUCCAGGCUCAACCACGGCUGGAGCCGGCGUGGGAGGAGGCCUUGAAUAUCCGACGGCGGUGUCGCCACGACUUGGCCAGGAUCAGGCGCGAGGUGGUCCAGGAGGUCAAGGAGAUGAUCGACGACAUGGCCGAGCAGACAGCGGAAUGGAUGUCCCAACGCUCGGCGGCGGUCAAGGCCACCUAUUCGACGCCGGACAAGCCGACGGUGACACAGAUUCCCGUCCUGCUGGAACUCCUGCGGCGCCUUGACUACCCCGACCUCGCGAACCUCACCGACGACCUCACCCAGGGCUUCAACAUGGUCGGCGGCCUCAAGCCGGGCCCGGGCUGGAAAAAGAGGACCGACGACCGCUACAAGCACCCGGCAUCCAUGGAGGAGCUCCAGCGGGUCAACGCGGACUAUGUGAGACAGCGCACCGCGACGGCCAGGGCGUUCGAGCAGCUCUUUGCGGCGCUGGGCUUCCGCAUCAAGGUUUCAAAGUCCCAGCCGCGGCGGCCCAGCACAUUUCUCGCGGUGUUUGCACAGGUGGCGGCGCUGGCGGCCUUUGCCACGCACCUGCCCGGCGCCGUGACCGCGUUCAUCGACAACACGGCGGGCCAGGCGGCGCUAUCCAAGGGGUAUGGAAAGGCGAAUGUGGCCGACGCUGUGUCCCGGGACGAUUUCGGCAGGGCCCGACGGGAAGGUUGGACGAGGGUCCACAUCCCGGCGUCGCCCAUCAUGCACAUCUUGGCGAAGGCAGUCGACGACUUGCUCUAUGCGGUGGAUGGUGCGGCGGCUGACCUCCUGGUGUGCUCUACUGAGUGGUCUGAUGAGCCGGCGCUUG